AUGGCAACACACGACAGUGACACAAGGAACGUCGAUGCCGAGAGUGAAACCCGAAGUAACCUAGGUACUCCUACUCGUCGAUCUAUGAGUGAAGAAACUUCCAAGCUUUCGAUAACGCGGCAAGCACCGACUGAACCUAUCCCCAAAAGAAUUUGGCAUACGUAUACCAAUUAUGCUUUUGGAUGGAUAGAACACGAGUACGCCCUCGAGCAGAAGAAUCAGUGUAUCCGGUCCCAAUUGGGCACCACCACAACUACACGCAGCUCGGUAAAUUCAUUUAUGCAUGGUGUUGCUCAUACCGUCGGGGCGAUACAACCUAGCUUUACCUUUGACAGAUCGGAUUUUCCUUAUCCUGCUUCGUUUAUAAGCGCGACUAAUGAGCAGGAGCGGCCGCGACAACAACAAAGUAAUCGAGAAGAUGUUCUGAACGCCGACCCGUCACCUGAGCGGAGCGAUCCGGCACAGGAAGAACGCGGUAUCCUCACACUAGUGGAUACCAACCAAUCCGUAGGGUCCUCACCGUCCAAGUUUAAGAAACGGAGAUUAGGUUUCGGCACUCGUUGGUUUGGCAUCACGCGAUGGUCGGAAAUCAGAUCCCAAACUCAAGUCCAGCCUACCUACAUCGUCCUAGGAGUCUUCCCUCGCGGCUAUGCUAAUCCACGAGAGACGGUUGUAUUUAUUGACAGGCCAGAACAACUCUUCUUGCGUCUUCAUUGGGCUGCUUUCCGCUUGCGCGGCUUAACUAGUAGCCUCUUCUCUCUCAGACAUGUGAAGGAGUUCAGAUUGUAUAAAUGUGAUUCUCAAAGGGGGACUCACGAAUCUGUCGACCUAGAUAGUUACGGUACCGGUGAUUUACGGUUACUUUUGGCUACCUAUAAGCAGUGGUAUGUCACCGACUAUAUGGCAAAGCAAUGGGCGGUGUGGAUCCACACGGUAUUGAAUGAAGAUUCACAUAAAGUCCCCAAGGGUUCGUAUUCGCUUGAACUGGUGCUGGACUGGUCAGCGAAGAGAAUCUCAGCUGUAGUGCUGUUACCUGUGCUGCUAAGCAUCGCAAUCGGGAUUUGGCUGAACUCGAUGGACUGGGCAGACCUAGCAACCAUCCAGACUGCCUGGGGUACUGCGUCUUAUGUCGUGACGGCAGGGGGUCGUAAGUCGCCACUCUAG